ACACAGUCACACAAAGCUGUUUGCUAAUCUUUGAUAAAAAGAAAAGUAAAAAAAAAUAAUGGCAGCUACUUGUUGGGUGCCUACACCAGUCCUUUCUACUAAUCCAUCAUCUAAAUUAGCAAAUAUUUGUUUGAUUAACAGCAAUCCAAUAGUAACAUUUUCAGGCUCCAUUAAUGUCAGAAAUCAGGGUGUUCUUCUUUCUCAUACAACAAAGUUGUCUACAAAGUUGCAAGCUGGUUUGACUGAUAUCGAACCUGACCUCAAUGAAGACCCUCGUGACCGUUGGGCUACUAAUGGAGUGCCACCUGAGGAUUUUGAAUAUGGGAUAUAUGAUGAUCACCACACAUUUUUCGAAACUUCGGAGAAAGGAACAUUUUGGGGAGCAGUGGCUGAAGAAUAUGCUUCCAUGGAUCCACCUACUGGUUUCCAAGGGCUAAUUUCAUGGCUGUUCCUUCCGGCAGUUGCUGCUGGGAUGUAUUUCAAUGUUCCGGGGGAGUAUUUGUACAUUGGAGCAGGUCUAUUUACAGUCAUAUUUUGCAUCAUCGAGAUGGAUAAACCCGAUCAACCUCACAACUUUGAGCCCCAAAUAUACAACAUGGAGAGAGGAUCCCGUGACAAAUUGAUCGCUGAUUAUAACACUAUGGACAUUUGGGACUUCAAUGAAAAAUAUGGAGAUCUUUGGGAUUUUACUUUGACAAAAGAUGAUAUAUUAAAGAGAUAAUUAUCAGGGAAGGGCCAGGGUUUGGGUUUUUCUCAGCUGGCCUGGCAGUGCAAGAAGCUCCCAGGAAAUAUUGCAUGAAAGCAAGUGCUGGUUGGGGAAUGACAAAUCUCGUUUUCUCAGCGACAGGCAAAGACAUCUUGCUAUUGUUAUGUCUGAUGUAAUGUCCACACUGUGUAUGUAUGUUAUAUUGUUUAUAUGUAGGUAGAACUCAAAAGUUUUUAACAUGUAAGUUAGCCUAGCUAUUUUAUCUUGGAGUUAUUGGCUUGACCUUGAGUUACAAUGUUAUUGGAAUGGCAUCCUGGUAAGGUCCUGCCAUUCCAUAUUGUUUCAACUUUUAUGAAGCUUUUUGUAUCAUUGUGAAAGAUGUGAACCUAUUGAGACAUGAGUACGUUCUAGGCUAGUGACAAAAGCCGACUACUCUAUAGAUUCCCAUAUCAAUCAUCAAUAUAAACAAUAUUAUUCUA